CAGCCGGUUGUUACCGGAGUGGCCACGUUCUACGAGUUUCAGCAGAGUAACCCGUCGAUCUUAGACGACUUAAGUAGGUAUGCGUGUCAAAUAGAAUGAUAUGAUCUUUCAUGGACAUGGCUAUCCGCAUGAAGCGGAAGACAUGUGAGAGGCUUGCAAGCAUCCGUUAGGUAGAGGUUAGUAUAGAUACAUGUUCAGGGGUUACACUAAGGGGUGCCUUCAACCUGGUAACAGGGUGAGAUCGAUCUAAAACGUGGGGCUUAACCUUAUCUCGGGGCCAAGCAGCCGAUUUCCUUUAGUGCUGAUAAAUAUGCAAUUAGCGACCGGGGGUCCAGUCCACUAGACUUCAACGGAUUCAACUGGAUUCAACCUUAUGCCAUCUUCUUCCCUUAAACAACCUAAAGCUGACAAUCACCGAUACUAACACACCUCAGUACAAAGACUUAAUGCUGCUACUAUGGGCAAGGAUAAAUCUAUCAAGAAGAUCCAACCUUCGUCAAAUCCUGCCGUGGCGUCUGCAGCCGCAGCUAAACCCCCAAAUUGGCCCCCGUUCAGGCCUCCUCUACCUGUCGUAGAGCUUAGCCCAGAAGCUCCCGUUCCAGGAUUAGAAGACAAGAUUAUUCUUUUCAGGAACUUUUGGCCGAAAAACCUAUGCCGAGACUAUGUCAAUUUUCUUAAGACAUUGCCCUUGAUCACUACACCCGGUCGACCAAAACGCGGGGAAGCGUUGAGGGUCAAUGACAGGUUCCAGGUUGACGACCCUCGUUUCUCUCAGAGACUCUGGCUUGAAACAGGACUCAGAGAUGCUUUGCUGGGAGAGUCCGUUAGUCAUCUAUGGGGUGGCGACGUGGUGGGCUUGAAUCCCAACAUUCGAGUAUAUCGUUACUCCAAAGGUCAAUAUUUUGACUGUCAUUACGAUGACUUUAAUCUAGUCACUCUACCAUACAUUAACGAGGCUUCCGGUACCAUCAGCACUAAAACAACCUGGACAUUACUGCUCUACUUGACCUCGGCCACCGAAGGCUGUGUCGGUGGAGAAACCGUUUUCUACACUCAUGAUCGUAAAUCACCUAAAGAAGAAGUUGCUAUUGCCCCAGAAACAGGAUUGCUUCUCCUCCACAAGCACGGGGAUGAUUGCUUAUUGCAUGAAGGUCGGCAAGUAACAGCGGGAGAGAAGUGGAUAAUUCGCACCGACCUUUGCGUAAAGAAGUGACUUCUCAGUUCAAGCUCGCCAACUUCAUCACAACUCAAAGGUGGCCUCUCUCAAAUACAAGAAGGGUUCCCAUAAUGGGUUUCAAGACAAUACAAGAUAAGACAUGGCCUCUCCCAUGCCUACGGGCAAGAUACCAAUGGAACGGGUACGAAACUUCAAUACUCGCGACCUCCGCACGUAAUCGAACCCUUCUAGAUGCA